GUGUGAUAAUUUUGAAUCUCAAGUAUAUGUUUAACUUAUAAUCAUCAACAAAACAAGCAAAACGUAAACAGGUGAAGGUCAUAUUAUUGUAUUUUGUAUUUAGAUCGGUUUUUUUAAACAUCAACAUGGCGAAAUUUAUCGGAAAAUGGAAAGGUGAAAGCAGUGCAUUUAAAAAUUACGAUAAUUUUUCAAAAGCAUCAGGUAUGCCUGAAGAAAUGAUUGAGAAGUUAAGAAAUGCUACAAUUUAUGUUGAAUUCAAACAGGAUGGUGAUAUUUGGACAUUGGAUUUCGGCAGUACUGUUGGACCAGACAAAUCAUAUAAGUUCGAGUCAGGAGAGGAAGUUACAACAACUGAUCCUUGGGGAAAAGGAUUGAAGUUUACAUUUACAAUCGAUUCGGAUGUAAAAAUAACUCAAGUAGAACAGUCGGAGUCAAUGGGUUGGAAAACCUUUACUGUCACUAAAGAAAUUCAAGGAGACGAUAAGUUUUUUGAGAGAUUAGCGCUUGAAGAUGGUACUGAAAUGACAUGCGAAUUUACCAGAAUUUCUUAAGACGAUACAGUUAUAUUAUGUCACCAGGGGAUAAAUGCAAUAGAUAUUUUAAAGAUAAAAGAAUGGAAAAUACUUUAUGGACUAUUUUAAUUUCUCAACCAAUGUAAAUAAAAUUUGAAAUUC